CCCGAAAUCUGGACGGGCCCUGUUAAGUCUGUUUGGCUUCUUAAUCGCAGAUCCAGCCAUGGAUAAUUGAUUCAAAGUUGAAUUAGAGUUUUCCCGGGAAUUUCUUGGUGGGGUUGCUGAGAUUUAGCAGAGGGGGUCGAGAAUCGAGCUAUGGAAGAGAUGAACUGCAUCUUGUGUUGCAGAUUAACAGGUGACAACACGGUGGAGAAGAAGAAGAGCAUUGAGGAAAAUAAAGACGAUAAAACAGUAGCCACAUUUGUUAAAGACAUCGCAUGGAAAUCUGCAGGUACUGACAAGAAGGGGACUCUAACCAAAGAGAUACUAAAAGCCGGAAACCCGAAAAUUUCUGCCCAAGUUUUCACAUUCCGUGAACUGGCAACUGCAACAAGCAACUUCAGGGCUGAGUGUUUGUUGGGCGAAGGUGGAUUUGGGAGGGUCUACAAAGGGCAUAUCAACAAUCAAGAUGUGGCUGUUAAGCAGCUUGAUAGGAAUGGCGUACAGGGAAACCGAGAAUUCCUGGCAGAGGUUCUGAUGUUAAGCCUUGUUCACCACCCGAACCUUGUGAAUCUGAUGGGCUAUUGUGCUGAAGGGGAUCAGAGAAUUUUAGUAUAUGAAUACAUGCCCAAUGGAUCUCUGGAAAAUCUCCUCUUUGAUUUGCCUCCAAAUCAGGAGCCUCUGGAUUGGAUUACCAGGAUGAAGAUAGCUGAAGGGGCAGCUAAAGGGCUAGAAUUCUUGCAUGAAGGUGCCAACCCACCAGUGAUUUAUCGCGACUUCAAAGCAUCUAAUAUAUUGUUGGAUGAGGAAUUCAAUCCCAAACUAUCUGAUUUCGGACUUGCUAAGCUGGGCCCAACAGGAGGCCAGGACCAUGUGUCUACCAGAGUGAUGGGAACCUAUGGCUACUGUGCACCAGAGUAUGCAUUGACAGGCAAGCUGACCACCAAGUCUGAUGUGUACAGCUUUGGGGUAAUGUUUCUUGAGAUGAUCACUGGUAGGAGAGUUAUUGACACUACUAGACCAACUGAGGAGCAGAACCUGAUUUCUUGGGCAGCCCCACUGUUCAGAGACAAGAAGAAAUUUACACUGAUGGCUGACCCAUUGCUUGAAGGGAAGUACCCGGUAAAGAGUCUCUAUCAAGCUCUUGCAGUUGCAGCCAUGUGUCUCCAAGAAGAAGCUAGCACCAGGCCUUUGAUCAGUGAUGUUGUAGCUGCUCUUGAGUUUCUAGCUAGACCAAAAGCUGUUUAGGAGAAUACUAGGAAUAACAUAAAAGAAAAGGGGAAAAAAAAUUAUCCAAGGAAUCUAGUGGCUGAGGCAUCAGGGCACCAAAAGGCUGUGAGAAUCCUGCUGCUAUGCGAAAAAAUGUAUCAAAAAACUUGCUGCGCAAAACUUAUCUGAGUUACUUUUUGUGCAAGGGAAUUUAAUUUUGGAUAUCAUCCUAAUUAUCGAUGAUAUUAUAGUUUGUAUAGUUAUGAAAAUUUGUGGAAAUUGAUGCAUGUGAGACUACUAUGCUUACUAAAGCAGUUGACAAUCAAAGAAUGUUGAAAGAGUUGACAGAUGGUAGGUGGAUGGUUAUAGACGAGAAAACAUCUAAGAAAAUUUGUAGAGAAUCUACGCAUAAUUUUCUUUCGAACCCCUAA